GGAGCAAAGUGCUGCUUAUGGAAUACAUGUUUAGUGUCUUCACUCAGCAAAAGUUGUGAAACUUCAUAACGUCCUAACAAUAGUGUGACAAGUGGUAAACCGCUCUACUGUGAGACAGACGUCUGCUACACCAUGGGUGAGUCAUACUGCUGAUUUGUGACUUCUAUGCAAAAAAAAAGGGAAGCGACUGCUGAACUAUAAAAAAGUCACUGCCUGCACUCGGACAAUGGUACAAACACUACUUCUGUGGGUCCUCAUGCUAGAUGCAUCACUCAACCUGGCAGAAAGCCAUGAUCAUAUUUUUGAAGAGGGGAAAGACUAUGAGGUGGUCCGACCUGUAAGAAUGCACACAAUAAGAAAAAGACAUAUAGAGAAUCUCCGGCCUGAAACAGUUCAGUAUGCAAUCACUUUGGGAGGAAGAGACAUUGAAAUACAGCUAGCAAAAAACAAUGAAUUACUUACCAAAGACUACACUGAGACUUACUAUCAAGAAGAUGGGACCCAAGUCACCACGACCCCCAAAGACAUUGAUCAUUGCUAUUACCAUGGGAAGAUUUUGCAUGAUAGUAAAUCAUCAGUUAGCAUCAGCACUUGUGAUGGACUAAGGGGUUACUUCAGGACUUCUGAACAGAGGUACAUGAUUGAGCCACUCUCUGGUAGCGAUGAGGGAGAUCACGCAGUGACAACAUUAAACGACAAGAACUUCACCCCUUCAGUGUGUGGUGUCACCAACACCAGUUGGAGUGACGACUUUGAACCCCCAACAAGCCGCAGCCGAGCCAGAUCAGGGGGUAUAACUAUAGUUCAGCAACAGAAAUACGUCGAGCUUUACCUUGUUGCUGAUAACCGUGAGUUUCUCAAGAUGAAGAAAGAUCAGACAGCGCUGAGGAAGAGGAUGUUUGAAAUUGUCAACUUUGUAAAUCUCGUAUACAAGCCCCUGAGGACCUUUAUUGCUCUGGUUGGAUUAGAGAUCUGGUCCAGAAGUGACCUCAUUUCUGUGACCCCCCCAGCUGGGGCCAACCUGGGUGCUUUCAUGAAGUGGAGAAACUCUGAACUAAUCAAAAGAAAAAAACACGACAUGGCACAUCUGAUCAGUGGUAUUGACUUUGAAGGAGCAACUGUUGGUCUGGCUUAUGUUGGGACACUGUGCUCAGGUCACGCUGUUGGAGUAGUACAGGAUCACAAUGACCGGACAAUUGCAGUGGGAGCAACUCUGGCUCAUGAGAUGGGCCACAACCUGGGCAUGGACCACGAUGACUCUAGUGCCUGUGCUUGUUCUGGGGACAGCUGCAUCAUGGCUGCAGCACUCAGCUGGAAUGUUCCCCGCUCUUUCAGUAGCUGCAGCGGCAACAUGUACGAGAAAUACCUGACAGGCCGCAGCCCUAGCUGCCUGCUGGACAAACCAGAUUACAACAGGCUUGUGGCUCCGGCGUUCUGCGGAAACGGUUUUGUGGAGAAAGGAGAACACUGUGACUGUGGCACUGCUGAAGAGUGCACCAACCCAUGCUGCAAUGCCACAACCUGCACCCUGUCAGAGGGUUCUCAAUGUGCUGAAGGCGAGUGCUGUGAGGACUGUAAGAUCUUGCCUCAGUCCAAGGAAUGUCGCAGGAAGCAGGAUGACUGUGACCUGGCAGAGUACUGUGAUGGGAAGAAGGCCACUUGUCCUGAAGACGUCUUUGCUGUGAAUGGUCUUCCAUGUGAUAGAGGCCAGGGAUACUGCCACAAUGGCUUCUGUCCACAGAGGCCAAACCAGUGCAUCAAGCUGUAUGGAUAUGGUGCUACAGAAGCCAUUCGAUCCUGCUAUGACCAGAACAAAAGAGGAAUCUACUACGGCUUCUGCAGACGUCCCUCUAAGGCCCAGUACAUACCCUGCCAGAAAGAUGACGUGCUUUGUGGGAAGCUCUUCUGCCAAAAUGGAAAGGACAGUCCAAACUAUGGUCGCAUGGUCCGGGUUGGUUCCUGCAAAGCGGCAUUCUUUGAGAACCAUGAACAGGACUAUGGCCAGGUGGACACUGGGACUAAAUGUGCUGAUGGGAAGGUGUGCAGUCAGAAUCAGUGUAUGGAUAUGGAGAGAGCCUACCUAAACACAAACUGUUCAGCAAAAUGUCCAGGGAACGCUGUGUGUAAUCACAGGAGUGAGUGUCAGUGUGAGCCUGGUUGGAUACCUCCACUCUGCAAUUCAAAGGAUGGAUCUUUAAGUCCUCUCUCUACUGGAGCAGCUAUUGCCAUCACUUUGGCAGUCUUAGGGGUUAUAGGCUUUGUUGUUGGUGUGGUAGGGUUCAUGUGGAAAAAACGACGAAGUACCAUUUUGCCAACCACCAAGAGGAAGACGCCAGCACUGAGCUCCCGCCUAAACAAAGAACAGGCUCCUACUCCACCGAUGGUGUCACAGGCUGGACGGUCAAAGCCCAGAGGGGCUCCCCCUCCACCUCCCCCAGCAGGAAACAGACCUAAGCCCCCGGGCCAGAACUACACAGCUGCACGCCAGGCGCUGAGGCCUGUACCACCACCAAAGGUCUGACUCAGACCCACUGGUGACUAGGGAAGAAACAUCUUGUUCAUUGGGGGAAGUUGCUGGCAAGCCAGAAAAUCAGAGUGACAUGUUUCCAAAGUUUUCCAGUCAUGAUUGUUUCCUCUGCCAUUUCUUUACUGCCUGUGUUAAGUGACAAGAACAGUAGCAGCUACAUGCUGAGUGUGGAGGAGAAACACUGGACUUCUGUUACCGCACAUUAAGGGUUUUUUUAAAUAAAAGAAUUCAGCCUUUUACCCCAGCUAGGUUAUACUAAUAUUAUGUUUUUUAACUUUUACAAGAAUUCUGGUGUUUAAAACAUCACAGCUCUUUUGUGCAUUAUUGUGCCUUGUUAUAGAGUUACUCAAGGCUGCCUCUGGUCACUUCCUGUCAGCACCUGUGUGUCCUAUCGGUCCGAACGGACUCUAAGCUGAUCGUUUGCACUGACGUUGUUUAGAUCCUUGUGUUGUUCUUACUCUCGCUUCAGAUAAAAGUGUCUGUUAAAUGAAUUGUAGAAGGCUUCUAAAUGUAAAGCAAACUUGUAAUGUUUGUUCUCUGAGAGGAAUCAUCAGUGCACUUUAGGAUACUUUGAAUCCUUUUUCUAUUCAGUGUCCUCAAACACAGAGGAGCAGUUUGUUAGGUCCAUACUAACUCUGCUGCAAAUUACAAGGUCAGAACCAUUUCAAGAUGAGUGAAGUGAACUGUUUGGGUUGUAUCAGAAUGUUUUUCCUGUUAUUAAUGCUCAUGUGUUUUAUAUUUCAUUAAUGCACUUGUUAUUUAGCUGUUGUUUAUAAAUUUAAGACCUCAAAAUGUAAAAAAAAAAAAAAGGAUUACAUUCUUCUUGUAAUGAGAGAGAGGGCUGUUUUUAGUGUUGCAUAUCAUAUGAUCCUAUCUGAGUCCAGGAUCUUUCUUUAGUGCAUUAACAGCUUGCUCUCCAGCACAACCCAAGACACACUUAGGGAAAGGAUCCAUGCAAUGUCAAAGAUGUUUGGUUGAAAAGUUCUGAAAACAGAAAUGCUACAUGUUAGGGGAUGUUAGCAAAAUAAUUAUUACCACAACUGUACAAUCCUCAAGCUGACUCAUUCCUUUGUGCAUGUGUUGUCAUUUUGGGAGCUAAAUGUGUAAAUAGAUCGAUGAAAUGUUAAAGAAGCAAUCCAAAUGAAAAGAGA